AUUGGCUGAAAUUACAGCUGAUCAAACGCAACAACAAUGACAGUUCCGCAUUGCCAAAUUUCAACCUGACGCCUUUUAAGAAGUUUGUGUGAUUACUGAGCCGUUAAAACUGAGGUAGAAGAGUCGUUUUCAGGUUUUUUAGUUAGUUCGGUGUUUCAUCAGAUAACCAACUGACUGCUGUAGUAAAGAAAGAUGGAGGCAAUAAGAAACGUCUUCCGGGCUGCCUGGUCCUCUGCGGAGAGACUAGACGACAGAACGGCCAUCAUCACCGGCGCUAACGCUGGCAUCGGCAAGGAGACAGCCAUCGACCUGGCGAAGAGAGGGGCCAAGGUGAUCAUGGCGUGCAGGGACAUGGAGCGAGGACAGGCCGCUGUGAAAGAAGUCGUUGAAAUCUCAGGCAGCGAACAUGUUGUUUGCAUGAAACUCGACUUGGCAGACAGCAAGUCGAUUAGAGAAUUCGCUGAAGCCGUUAAUAAAGGAGAGCCGAAGCUCAACCUCCUCAUCAACAACGCCGGUGUGAUGGUUUGUCCUUAUGGGAAAACAGCCGACGGCUUUGAGAUGCAGAUCGGCGUUAAUCACUUUGGUCACUUCCUGUUGACGCAUUUGUUGAUCGACCUGAUUAAAAGAUCGGCACCGGCCAGGAUUGUCACGGUGUCCUCCAUGGCUCACUCCUGGGGCUCCAUCAAUCUGGAGGACAUCAACAGCGAGAAGAGUUACGACAAGAAGGCCGCCUACUCUCAGAGCAAGCUGGCCAACGUCCUCUUCACCCACUCGUUGGCUAAGAAACUAGAAGGCACAGGCGUGACAACGUAUUCUCUCCACCCUGGAGUCGUCAAGACGGAUUUGUGGCGUCAUCUGAACGGCCCUCAGCAGUUCUUAAUGAAGAUGGUCAGCCCCUUCACCAAAAACUCUUCCCAGGGAGCUCAGACGAGCAUUUACUGCGCGGUGGAACCGUCGCUGGAGAAAGAGAGCGGUGGAUACUACAGCGACUGUGCUCCUGCCAGCUGCUCAGCGGCCGGUAAAGACGACGUCCUGGCGCAGAAGUUCUGGGAUUUGAGCUGUCAGAUGCUGUCGAUACCGUGGUGAAGAGGCAGAGCGGCUCCAAAACACAAUCCCUCCGUUUACAGGGUUUUCUUUGCAAUAUAUUUCACUGACACUGAUGUGUCAAAACAUUAUCUUGAUAUGAUUUUUCGUUUGUUUACUUACUAACAUACAGUAGUCUCAUAACACUCAUGGCACUCUUUCUAAUAAAGAAAAUACUAAGUCAAUUAUAUAACUUAUAUAAAGAUUAUAAUUCUAACUAACUAAAUGAUCACAAUCUUUAAUACUUUUCUAUACAUUUUUACAAUGGCUUUGUAGUGGAUAUUUGGAUGAAAUUGUGGAUUAAAAGGGUUUUCUUCAUGUCGCUAAUGUUGUUCUGUAUUUUCUGGCAUUAAACCCAAGUUUUACAAUCCGU